AUGCAGUUUUCAUCUCCCACACUGGCAUCGCUGUCCAAGCUGCGACCAGCACCUCCUCCGCCCGUCCAGGUUGAGGUUACAUCGCAGGUGACAGACCUUCGUAGAGCCGUCAAGCGGCUUCGCCGAGACGCAUCGCAGACGUACGAGCUCGAGUAUGAGACGCAAAAGACCUUUGAGCACCUCGCCGGACAGGUCGAGACCAUCCGCUCCGCGCUGGCCUCGGUGGCCUCGGUCGUCGAGGACGAGUUUACUGCUGUCCGCUCCGAGCUCGACCAGUCGUCGUCCGAGAUCGGCUCGCACCUCGCCCGCAACGCCGCUGCGCUCAAGAGCAUCCAGGUUGCGGCGGCGUCAAACAAGGAUACCCAAGGCGCGACAAAUGGCCAGAUCUUUGACAAGAUCGCCGCCCUUGCUGCCGAGACCGGUCGUGUCGACUCGGCCGUCGCCGCCGUCGCCGCUCGCGUCUCCAACAUCGAGGACUCGGCCCGGCUCGAGUCGCACACCAUCCGCGGCCUCAUCCGCGACAAUCAGACGAGCAUCGAGCUCGUGGCGCUGCAAACCAAGGAGGAUGCCGAGCGCGCAGCCUCGCUCCGAUCAGAGAUCACCGCCGUCGCCGCCGCGCAGUCGCAGCUGCAGUCGACCGUCGCCAACUCGGCUGCUGCUGUCGCUCGCCUCGAGUCCAACAUCUCGUCGCUCACCUCACAGGUUGCCUCGCUUCAGACCACCCUUGCCUCGGUCGCCCAGUCGGCGUCCGAUGCCCAGGCGACAGCCAACGCCAACACCACGGCCAUGACCCUUGGCACCUCGUCGGCCGGCGGCGUCGACGCCUACCACACCGUCUACGCCCAUACCGAUGCCUCGUCACCGGUCAUGGCCAACGUUCAGUCGGAGCUCGCCCAGCUCCGCGACAUGGUCCAAUCCUACCGCGACGAGGCCGCCACCGCAUCGUCGGCUCUUGCCCAGGACGUCCACACCCUCGCCGAUGAGGCCUCGUCCAUGAAGCUCGGCUUCAACUCGGCCAUGGAGACCAUGUACGAGCGCCUUCGCUCGUACGUCAUGACUGUCGAAAAGUCCGCUGCUACCCAGACCGCAAAGACCGCGUCGGGUCUCGCUGCCCUCGACGACAAGGUCUCGGCCCUCUCCUCAAAGUCGGCCCGUGACCUCGAUCGCGCUCUUGACGCUCUCCGCGAGACUCAGUCCGAGUUCAAGGCCACCAUCCGCACCGAUCUCGAUGCUCUCACCUCCGAGUCGCGCAAGCUCCGCUCCUCUGUCCGCCUCGUCGAGUCGGCUGUCCAGGAGACCGGCGCCAAGGCCACCGCCACCGCCGAGGCCCUUGCCUCGGUCGCCGGCCAGGUCGACCACGUCGAAGCAGAGGCUCGUGCUCUCAAGUCGCACUCUCAGCUCCUCGAGUCGCAGAUGCUCUCGCACCGCUCCGACGUCCAGCAUGCCAUCGACUCACAGAAGCGCGAGACCAUGGAUCGCGUCGCCCGCGCCUCGCUCCGCGCCUCCGAUCGCGACCGCGCUCGCGCCCGUGAGCGCGAGCUCGAGGACCAGUUCAUGCUCUCGCUCCGCUCGCCGCUCUCCACAAAGGCCUCAACUGCCCGCCACUCUAUCGUCGACGAGCACGCCUUCCUCGACGACCUGUAG